CAGGGAACACGAGUUUGCACUUGUCAUGACUGCGACCGUGUGCGUGACGGGCGGCGCCGGCUUCCUCGGCUCGUACGUUGUCAAGCGCCUUCUCGAGAAGGGUUACCGCGUCAAGGCGACCGUACGCGACCCCACGAAUGCGGCCAAGGUCGCCCACCUUCGCGCCCUGCCCGGCGCCAGCGACCGGCUCGAGCUUUUCGCCGCCGACCUGCUGCAGCCAGGUGCCUUUGACAAGGUUGUCGAAGGUUGCGCCGGUGUCUUUCACACGGCGUCGCCCGUGCAGCUCAAGGCCUCUCGGGAUGCGCUGGUUGCGCCGGCGGUGCACGGCACACUCAACGUCCUCACGUCGUGCGCUCGCGUGCCAAGCAUCCGCCGCGUCGUCCUCACGUCGUCGGUCUCGGCCGUCUACAUGCACUGCGGCACCAAGUCGCCCGACCACAUUUUUACCGAAGCCGACUGGAGCCCGAAGGACCGACUGGAAGCCAAUGCAAUGUGGUACCCGCUGAGCAAGACGCUGGCCGAGGAGGCAGCCAUGACCUUUGUCCAGACGCAGCGGCCGGCGUUCGACCUCGUGACCAUGUGUCCUGCGUGGAUCUUUGGUCCGAUGCUCCCACCGAGCAUGAACGAGAGCAGCGAAAUUGUGCGCAGCUUCUUUGGCGCACACGUCGUUGGCCACUUGGUGCGCAACGUCGUUGACGUCCGGACGGUGGCCGACGCCCAUAUCGCUGGAUUUGAAAACACGAAGGCGCAAGGUCGGUAUCUCUUGAUCGCGCACUCGUCCACGGAGCAAGAGCUCUGCGAUGGGCUUCGUGUUGCACUGCCGACCCUCGCCCACCAAUUGCCAACCACGCGCGUGCCCGACGCGCAGAUGCCACAGGUGCGCUUCGACUGCAGCAAAGCUGUGGACGACCUCGGUCUGCGCUUCUUGUCGCUGCAAGAAACGCUCGGAGCAACGUGCGCGACCAUGCUCCAGCACGGCUUUCUCAACCCUAAAUAGCAUGAUCAAUGAUGCUCUGCCACUGA